UUCACCGGGGCAGUGCUGGCUCUCUAUAACACACACACACACACAUACACACACACACACACACACACACACUCUCAUGCUGUUACGGUACUCUCAGGCACACACACUAACAGGCAUGCUUGCACACUGACACACUCACACUACACAUACAUUAUCUCUAGAGCGCAAACUUCUUCCAGCAGUUACACAUUUCCCCUGAGCUGGAUGGGGAAUGGACAAACUGCUCUAAAGGAUUUAACUUGGCUUUCUUAUAAAGAAAGGGGAGAAAGAACAGACAGAAAAGGAGAAGGAGGAAGGAUUUAUUUGGGGACACGUUCCUUCACUGGACAUGUACAACUUGUCAGUAUGACACCUUGUCCGGAUUCCCCUCUCCUCCUCAGGCAAAAAUCCUGAAAAUGAUGGAUGACAACAAGCAGCUGGCUCAGCGCAUCGAUGGGGCCAUUCAGUCCGCCAGCCAGGAGGUGACCAACCUGCGGUCCGAGCUGAGCGCCACCAGCCGCAGACUGGCCGAGCUGGGGGCCACCGACUCGGGCAGCAUGCUGGAGACCCUGCAGCACAACCACAACGAUCCCUCUUCCCACCCGAGGCAGAAGUCUCCGGCUACUGACCUCUGCUACAAGACUGAAAUCAGCAGUCUGAUGGACUUCAACUCCCCGGACGCUUCCCUGGACAAAGUCCUGCUGCGCGAGGAGGUGGCCCAGCUCCAGGAGGAGGUGCACCUGCUGCGGCAGAUGAAGGACAUGUUGAGUAAGGACCUGGAGGAGACCCAGGGGAGCUGCUCCGCCGACGUGCUCUCCGCCACCGAGCUCCGCGUGCAGCUGGCCCAGAAGGAGCAGGAGCUGGACCGGGCCAAGGAGGCUCUGCAAGCCAUGAAGUCGGACCGCAAGCGUCUGAAGGCGGAGAAAGCAGACCUGGUGAACCAGAUGCAGCAGCUUUACGCCACACUGGAGAGCCGGGAGGAGCAGCUCCGCGACUUCAUCCGCAACUAUGAGCAGCACAGAAAAGAGAGCGAGGAUGCGGUGAAGGCCCUGGCCAAAGAGAAGGACCUGCUGGAGAGAGAGAAGUGGGACCUGCGGCGGCAGACCAAGGAAGCCACGGAGCACACGGGGCUGCUGCGAUCCCAACUCGACCUCAAGGAGAACCGCAUCAAGGAGCUGGAGGCUGAGCUGGCCAUGAUGAGUAACUGUGUCAAUCAGAGAAUGGAGUUCCGGGUGUUUGAGCGUGUAUCGGACAGGGACUACUCUCCUAGGGUCAACGCGGCCAAACAGUCUCUAGCCACUCUGACCAAGGACGUGCCAAAGCGUCACUCUCUGGCCAUGCCCACGGAAACGGUUGUCAAUGGCAACAACCAGGAGUGGGUGAUGCACGCUGAUCUUCCCCUGACGGCUGCCAUCAGACAGAGUCAGCAGAGCCUCUACGUCCACACGGGGCAUGCCACUGACAGACAAGUGGCGGCCGUGCGGGUCAGCCCGUGCCACUCGCGCCAUUCCUCCAUCAUCUCCGACGCCUCGGCGCUGGAGGGGGACCGGUCGUCCACGCCCAGCGACAUCAACUCCCCGCGCCACCGGACUCACUCCCUCUGCAAUUCCCUAGAAGAUCUGGAGGAGGCGAAGCGAAAGAAGAAGAAAGAGAAGAUAGGCCUGGGCUCUCUCUCGCGUGUCUUCGCCCGGGGGAAGCAGCGCAAGUCCCUCGACCCUGGUUUGUUUGAUGGUACUUCCACGCCUGAUUAUUACAUAGAGGAAGAUGCAGACUGGUAAAGCACACAUGUCCGAGCGAGGCACCUGGAGAGCCUUUGUGGCCAUUAUCAGAGGACUGCAUUGUGUUGUGUGAGAGAGGAUGGGCGUGUGUUUGAUGUCAGUGUGUACAGACAUGAUAAUGUGUGCACUUUCACACGCAUGCAUACAUACUGUAUGUGUGUGCAUGCGUGUGGUGUCCAUGGUCAGAGGCCAUGUCAGAAGCCGGAGGCAGGUCUUGCUUCGCUGAAGUGUAAACCUUUACGAGCAAAUUGCACCUGUAUGUAUGUCCAGUCCUGUAAAUAGUGUGACACAGCGACCAUGUGGAUAUGUUCUAUUGUAUCUGCCCUCCAAAAAACAGCUGUGUUAUUGGAUCUUUUAAUUGUUCUCUACAUUUUGACUUUUUGUUUUCACUCAACUGGAAACUUGAAGGACUGCUGUACUUGUAAAUAACAACAUUUGACGUGCGUGUAAAUGUCUCCUUGUCCUGAA